CAAAGUGACAAUGACAAAUUCUCAAAUGUUGGACGAAGUGUUUAUAAACUUUUGUCCUAUUUUGAUUACGUGAAUGAGCACUCAUAAUUUUAAGAAAUCCAUUUAAACGAUAGCUUCUGAGCAAAUUAAAUGACGUGAAGAUGGAAACAACUCCUUUACUGACGAGGCCUAAAAGUAAAUCUUUUUGGUCAAGGUUUAAAUUUACUGGAUUUCAACGUAAAGAAUUUAGCUCAAGAGUUAUUUAUGUGGGUCAGCAUCCUGACGAAAAAUUUCCUCCAAACUAUGUUUGUAAUCAAAAAUACAACUUCUUCACAUUCCUGCCGCUGGUGCUGUAUGAACAGUUCCGAUUCUUCCUCAACUUGUAUUUCCUCGUGAUGGCAUGUAGCCAGUUCAUACCAAGUAUCCGUGUAGGCUAUAUUUACACAUACUGGGGGCCACUGGGGUUUGUACUGGCUGUGACAUUGUUUAGAGAAGCUAUUGAUGACUUUAGAAGAUAUAGGCGAGACAGAGAAGUGAACAGGCAGCGUUACGAAAGAAUAGUACUAAGCGCAAACGACGAAGGCUACCGACCUUUCCUGAUAGAACAUGUACCAGCGUCAGCGCUCAGGGUCGGAGAUAUCGUAAUGCUGCACAAAGGGCAGAGGGUCCCGGCCGAUAUGAUAUUGUUAAGAACUAAUGAGACGAUGGGAACAGUAUUUAUAAGGACAGAUCAGUUGGAUGGCGAAAUCGAUUGGAAGCUACGAAUUCCACUCACUUCUACACAAAAGCUGCCGACGGAUGCUCACCUGUUGGACAUCAAUGCUCAGAUUUUUAUAGAGAAGCCUGAGAAAGACAUUCACUCGUUCAUAGGCGCCUGUACCAGACUGGACGAGGAAGAAAGUGAUUCUAUCGAAAUUGAGAACACUCUUUGGAGCGGGUCAGUUGUGGCUUCAGGGCAGGCUACUGGACUAGUCAUUUAUACGGGAAGCGAAACACGUAGCGUAAUGAACAACGCGACACCGCGGUCUAAAGUCGGCCGACUAGACUUACAAGUGAACGACUUUACAAAGUUAUUGUUUGUGGCCACCCUACUAGUGUCGUUCUUAUUGAUAGUUCUCAAGGGAUUCACUGGGCCGUGGUACAGCUUCUUCUUCAGAUUUAUAUUGCUGUUCUCAUACAUUGUGCCUAUAAGUUUACGAGUCAACCUGGAGAUGGGCAAAGCCUUCUACUCCUGGACUAUACAAAGGGACAAGAAGAUCGAGGGUACAGUCAUGAGGUCAACCACCAUACCCGAAGAGCUGGGUCGGAUCCAGUACCUGUUGGCAGACAAGACUGGGACCCUGACGAAGAAUGAGAUGGUCUUUCAAAAGCUGCAUUUAGGGAAUGCCCUGUUUGAUAGCACGCAUUUUCAUGAGGUGGAAGCCCUCCUCACUCAGUACAUAACCAAUGACGCGGCGUCUCUCCCCACCUCUCCCAUUGGUGAUGGCGACAUGACCACCCCCACUCCCCGACAGGUGUGGCAGGCAGUGCUAGCUUUGGCGUUAUGUCAUAAUGUCACUCCCGUUUACGAAGCAGACGAGAGGGGAAACGAAGCAGCUUCGGACAUGGGCAGCUCAGUGAUGUCGGAGAGUUGCGGCGGGGCGGUGCCUCAGCAGCAGCUGUGCGACUACCAGGCCUCCAGCCCCGACGAGGUGGCGCUGGUCAAAUGGACUGAUAUGAUGGGCGUAUCGCUAUACCGUCGGGACCUUCACAACAUCUCUUUGAAACUCCGCGCUGCCAACGAACUGAUGCAGUUCAGCAUUCUGCAGAUAUUCCCCUUCACCAGCGAGAGCAAGAUGAUGGGCAUCAUCGUGCAGGAAGAAAAUAGCGAAGAAAUCACAUACUACGUGAAAGGCGCUGAUGUAGCACUCGCUCCAUUGCUGCAGUCGUCCUGGCUGGCGGCGGAGUGCACGCGCCUGGCCGCCGAUGGAUUGCGCACACUCGUCGUCGCCAAGCGGACUCUCACCAAGGCGGAAUAUACUGAGUUCGAGACGGAAUACAAAGAAGCCCGUCUCAGUAUCGUUCACCGCAACGAGAGAACAUCAGCCGCCAUUGCGAAGUUACAGCGAGGGCUGACAUUGCUCGGGCUGACUGGAGUGGAAGACAGACUCGCUGAUGAUGUCCCGGCUGUGUUGAGGAUGCUGCGGUCCGCCGGCGUCAAGAUCUGGAUGUUGACCGGUGAUAAAUUGGAAACGGCUCUGUGCAUCGCUCGCUCGCUGUCGCUCGGCGGCGGCAACGGUUGGCACACCGCGGACCGGUGCGGCCGCAGACUGGACUCCAACCAGCUGCUGAGGGAGCUGGGUGCCAGGGACGACACCGACCUCAUCAUCGAGGGGGAGACCUUGGAGAUCUGCCUCCGCUUCUACGAAGAGGAAUUCGUAGAGGUGCUACAACGGUGUAGCGGCGUGGUCGUAGCGCGGUGCUCGCCUACACAGAAGGCUCGCGUGGCUAGACUGCUACGAGCCCGCGGACACGUCGUAGCGGCGGUCGGGGACGGCGGGAACGAUGUCGCCAUGAUACAGGAGGCCGACGUGGGCGUGGGUAUAGAAGGCGCCGAAGGCCGCGCCGCCUCCUUGGCCGGAGACGUGAGCAUCAGACAGUUCUCUGGGCUGGCGCGCCUGCUGCUGGUGCACGGCCGGCGGUCCGCCAUGCGGUCCGCCGCGCUGUGUCUGUUCAUCGUGCAUCGCGGCCUGAUCGUGUCCACUAUGCAGGCCGUGUUCUCCGUGGUGUUCUACUUCUCGUCGGUGUCUCUAUACCCCGGCUUCCUGAUGGUGGGCUACGGAACCAUAUAUACCAUGUUACCAGUAUUCUCUUUGGUACUAGAUAGGGACAUACCGAGCACAACAGCGUUAAGAUAUCCACAAUUGUACAAACAGUUGACUAAAGGCAGGCAGCUCUCUUACAAAACGUUCUAUAUUUGGACGGGGAUAUCUAUAUACCAAGGUGCAGUGAUAAUGUACGGCGCUCUAGUCCUGUUCGAGGACCAGUUGAUUCACAUCGUCGAGAUCAGUUACACGGCGCUCAUACUGACGGAGCUGAUAAUGGUGGCGCUGACCGUGGUCACGUGGCACCGGCUCAUGGCCGCCGCCGAGCUGGCCAGCCUGCUCAUGUACACGGCCACCUUGUUGAUAUUCACGUCUUAUUUCGACGCUGAUUUCAUCAGACAUUGGGACUUCUGGUGGAAAGUGACUACCAUAACUCUCAUAUCGUGCCUACCGCUAUACAUAGUGAAAUACAUGCACAGAAAGUGGAGUGCGCGCCAGUACAAAAACAUACGACAAUAGCCAUACUUGUAGCCCAUAAAAUUAUAUUGUUGAUCUCGGUGACAGCAGGAUGGAACGAUAUCUAUUACGUAGGUGCGAAAAAGACAGAGCAUAAAUGCAUUUGGCAUCUGCCAUAGAGUUCAAGCUAUAUUUUAUGAACUUUACGGUUUAUAUUUCAACGUGAUUCACAUAAUCUCUUCGUGUCUUAUGCACUGUUUAGGUGUUUUGAGUAAUGACUUGUAUUAUUUGUAAGGCUUAUAUUUGUUGAUGUAACACGACCGAAUUGGAAUGUUGCAUGAUAUGCGAACGGUGCAGGCAAAAAUCGAUCUGAUUUAUUUAAAUUUAUUUCGUGAAUGGAUCUGUUCUCUAAAAUUAUUAUACGGCUCAGUAUUGCAUUUUACGAUUAAUUAUUUUUAUUAACGAAUUUUUAAUUUUCCCUUUUUGAACUAUUCGAGCAGGUAUAUUUUUGUUUACAAUUUUCGUUGAUAAAUUUACUGUGGGAAAAUAAACAGGAAUUAGGGGGUGUAAGUUUUUCAAAAAAAUGUAGUGACGCCACUCCAAUAUAGGAUUCAUAUUGGGUUCUAUAAAAGUUAGGUAAAGAUUGUUCUGCGUUCCAUAUACUAAUACCAACACAAAAUAGUUAUAUUGAGUAAAUGAGGUGAUUAUAUUAGUGAAAAUAUUGCACUUUUUUCUGUCAAACUUUACAUAAUUUGAAGACUGCAUUAGAAUUUUCGGCAUAAUCAUGAAAUAAUAUAUUUAAAAAAUGUGGAAAACUAUGAUUAUGCUAAAAAAACAUUAAGCUAAUUUAAAUUUUUUUGUUAACCGCUUUUAUAAUAAAAACCU